AUGUCUUCUGAGUCAGAGAAGGAUAAAGAGAGACUGAUUCAAGCUGCCAAACUAUUCUUCUUCCACAUACGAGAUCUGGCUUCCUUCAUAAAUAGGUUUGUUGAACUAUUUAACGUCAUGAUGAAGACUCAGAUCCUCCCCAUGAAGCUGAACGAAGAGAGCUGCCUUAAAGAUUUCUUUGAACAAAUGAUCAAAAAUUUUAAAGAGAUGCAACUGAUGGUGGAUGGAAAGCACAAACAAACGCAAAAGGAGCCUUUGUGUUCCAAGGUGGUGACUGCUGUGGCUUCUGCCGCGGAGAAGUGUGCCAACAUCACUCCACACCACACCGCGGAAGAAAUGCUAAAAAACAUCCAGGCAUCAGGUGCUGCCAUGCUCCUCAAGACCAGUCACAUUCUUGUGAAUCUAGAAACUUCUCUCUCACUCCUGAUGCAGUUUCCCAUCAUGGGUCUUCGAUUAAGUGACUUCUAUAGAGAGGAGACCAAAGAACAAUCAGAUGCCACCACAUCUGGAAAAAGCACGAGUCCAGAAUGUCCCAAAGCCAUUACAGAGGAAAUCUUGAAGAAGCUGCAAGAUGUGCUAAGUACCGAGAAUGCCCACAAGCCAGUAGAAGCAGCUGCAGAUGAACUGGAACAGUUUGUCAAGACUAUGGAGAUGACUUUACAGGUUCUCCAGAAAUUCAUAAAGACCAUGGAAGGGGACACCUCUGUACUUACGCAGGCUCAGGGCAAGUAG